AUGUCUGUUGACAAUUGGAGUUGUCCUAAUUGUACAUUAAUUAACAACAUUCAAGAACAUUGUUGUAAAGCUUGUCUUUAUUCAUUUAACAAAAAUAACCGUAAUGGCUUUCUUCGAAAAUUAAAAUUGCCUCACUUCUCAGUCAAUUCUGCCUUAGAAAAAUUAGACUCAGCUCUAGAUUUAAUUACUAAUAGCCCUGGACGUUCUUCUACAAGUCAACAAAAUGUUCAAAUUUAUCCACAAUUUAAUCAUUCCCCUGCUAUUUGGAAAUGUUCUAGCUGUUCUCAAUUAAAUAAUCACCCAGGCAAAAGGUGUGUCUGGUGCAAUUUGGCUAGGGAAACUGAUGCUACUUAUAAUUAUUGGACUUGUUCAAAUCCAAAUUGUUGUCUUAAACAGCCACAAACACCUUUAAAUGGAAAAUGCCCACUUUGUCGAGUAAAAUCUUCAUAUCACCGAAUGCAAACCUCUAAAAGCAUGCCUCGUUUAUCAGAUAUUGGACUUGUUGAAAAUGUUCUUUCACUCCCUCAAGGAGAAAGUGAUGAUAAAAUUGCCCAUUCAGAUAGAUAUAAUUCAAUAACCGAACAUUGCAGAUUGACUAAUCAUUGUUUUUUGGACGAUUCUUUCCCACAUUCUCUUCAUUCAAUCGGCCCUCUUUCACAAUUUGAAUGCAAAAAUUUAGAUAUUAUUUGGCUCCGACCUUCUGAAAUAUUUACUAGAGAUGGACAUUUAGUUCGAUGGGCGGUUUUUAAUGAUCCUCAACCAACUGAUAUUGAACAAGGUCUACUCGGUAAUUGUUGGUUUCUUUCUGCAAUGGCUGUUGUUUCUGAAAGACCUGAUAUUUUAGAAAGACUUUUUCUCACAAAAGUCUACGAUCAUUAUGGCGUUUAUGAAAUGAGAUUAUGUGUUGAUGGAUUAUGGCAAAAUGUUUUUGUCGAUGAUUUUUUUCCUUGUCAUAAAAGAAGUCGAACAAUGGUUUUUGGUGUUGGACGAAAGAAUCAACUUUGGCCUUCCCUACUUGAAAAAGCUUUGGCUAAGAUUUAUGGAAAUUAUGCAAUUUUGAGGGCUGGAAGGAUUUGUGAAGGUUUAUAUUUAUUUUUAAUUUUCACGAAGAUUUUUAAAGGACUUUCAACACUAACUGGAGCUCCAACAAUUUCUUUAGAUUUGGAAUAUAUUGAUUUAAAUUUUGAAGGAAGAAUGUCGGCAUUAAACAUUGUUUGGGCUAAAUUAUUAAGUGCCAGAGAAGCUCGUUUUAUUAUGGGAUGUUCUUGUGGAGCAGGAAAUCGUCCAGUCAAUGAAGAUGAAUAUAAGAAAUUAGGUUUGAUGAGUCAACAUGCUUACUCUCUAUUGGAUGUUAGACAAACUAGAGAAGGACAUAGAUUAGUUCAACUUCGAAAUCCUUGGGGUUCUUUUGUUUGGAAUGGCGAAUUUAGCCGUAAAUGGCCCGGAUGGACUUCAGAAUUAAAAAAAGAACUAGCAUCAGAUGCAAAUAAACAAUCAGGGACGUUUUGGAUGCCUUUUGAAAGAUUAGCUAAUUAUUUUGAUACAAUUGAUAUUGCUCAAAUUAACAGAGGUUGGAUAUCUACAAGGCAUUUGUUGGAUAUUGGCUGGGUAGAAGGACGGACUAGGAUUGUUCGCUUCACAAUUACUGAACCAACAGAAUUAUGUGUUAUCUUACAUCAAAGAAAUGCCCGGACAGUUAUAGAUCAAGUAGAUAUUUUGGUUACAAUACACAAACAAGAAAUGAAUAAAGAUGGUUUUCCUGGAGAAUUAAUUUGUCGUUCACCAAGAAAAAUUGGACCAAUUGUCCGGACAGAAGAUUAUUUUUUUCAGCCAGGAGAAUAUUUAAUUUUUGCUCAUUCUUUUUCAAAUUUUGGUGAAAUGAUUCCUGGCACAGUUGUUAUUCAUAGUUCGAAGAAAAUCUACUCCGAAUCUCUUACUUCUUCAUUGGAAGUUUUACGUUCUUCAAUUUGUUUUUUGAUGCUUAAAGAAGGUUCCAUAAAUGGUGAUUCCAAUGGAAUGAUUGCUCGUUAUUUAACUAGUAAUUUUGCUGGAUUGGCAUUAAUGGUUGAUAAUACAAAUCCAAAUACGUGUGUACAGGUUGGGGAAUUCUAUAUAAAAACUAACUUAAUUUUUAAAACCCUAAUGUUCUUAUGA